AUGCCUCAAGAUGACCCAGGCACCUCCUCCCACAUGAUGAAGACCACCAAGCGCGGUAGACCAUAUCUCAAGGACACCCUCGACCUUUUCGCUACUCUAAUUGUUUCCCUCCAGCUAGGGCCGCACAAACAAUUCUUCAAAACUUUCCCCAAUUCCUUUUCGACCGAUGAAGCCGCCCAGAACCUUGCCUCACUCAAAUUUUCUCAGUCUAACAGGGGACCUGACCCGAGGGAACCCUCUCGAGUUGUAACGACCACAACGACAACUACCUUUUCGAUGACCCGCGACAUGGCGAAGGCAAUGAGCCAACAUUUCAUGGAUGCACGCCUGAUAGAGAACGCAACCGACCCAUCCUCCAAUCUCUUCAAAGAGCGUGGUGUCUACGUUCUCACUCCCAAGGGCCUCCAUGUCCUUGAGCGGUUCAUCAGCAAGAACGGCAUCAACGCCGACCAUCUUCAAUCCGUGUUUGUUUCACAACCCAUUUGUAUCAAACUUCUCCACCUCGAACGACGGUCCACAGACGACGAAAUUAUCGUUACCCAGUCCGUCAUAACUGCUCUUUUCCGUCGCUUUGUUGGUCGCCAACCCAAUUACCCCUCUUCCACCAACCCUCCCGUGGACCCGUUCCAAAAGUACAAUGAACGCUCCAAAGGUGUUCCACUGAUGGAUGUAAACGACCGUGCACAGGCGUUACAAGGAAAGAGUCAGGCGCUCCAUAAAUACUCGUUUGCUGCUAUCACAGCCCUUGAGUGGCUUUGCGACUUCACUUCGGUCGUUGGGCGUGAAGAGGCUGCCGAAAUGGCUGCCCAAUUUGUGCGUUUUGGCCUCAUCACCCUUGUCAGUGACAAGCGCAAGAACAACGACUCUGCGAUCAUUUUCACCGUUCGUGGGUCUGCUCCAGGUGGUAACUCGCCUGUCAGCCAACAUGGCGAGUUCCGAUGCACGGCCAAAGCGAUCUACAAGGUGACAGAUGAAGGUCGUCGUGUUGCACACUGGGAUUCCUCACGUGGUGCCCACGACUCGCCCAAUGCCUCUUCUGCCAACCUCAGUACUUCGCGGUCCUCGAUGGAAGACUCGGAGCAUGUCAACAAGAAGCCCACUGAUGCCAAGAUUCAUCGUCGCAUAUCGAUCGCCGAGAAACUCAACUACGAGGCUCACAAAGGUGGCAAGGAGAGCAACACUGACCGUCUGAAAUAUAUUUUGGAUGAUCCUGCUCUCCGGUCGUUGUUCCGAGAAUUCCUCAAGGGAAAUUUCUGCGAGGAAAACUUGUCGUUCUGGCUUGAGGUAGAGGACUUCAAGCGCAAGUUCAACAUCACUUCCAGUGCGAUUGCUGUUGCGCCGACUGCCGGCAAGCCUGCAAGAGGGACGCCAGGGCAGGCAGCGAUGGAGAAGCAUCACGAAACUCUCAUCAACACGGCCUUCUUCAUCUACAACAAGUAUCUGGCACCAUCGAGUCAAUGCGAGCUCAAUAUCGACCACGGUCUUCGCAACGAGCUGUCCAAGUAUCUGGAGGACGUCGUAACAAGCAUGACCGGCAAGGUCUUCCAGGGUCAAGUUGAUCCAGAGCAAGCAAAUGCAUUCAAUGCCACGCAGCUCCAGACGAUGAUUAGGCUAUAUGAACGUAUCCAGACACACGUUUUCCGUUUGAUGGCGACAGACUCAGUUCCCAAGUUCAUCAAGACGCCCAAGUUCCUUGCUGUCCGCAACUGGGUUGAAGAUUUGGAGGCCAAUGAUGACAGCAUCCGCAUGCUACCCACCAACCCAUCAUCUCCCCCUGGCCUUGCAGAAGAGCAGGGGGGUGCCUACAUCACGAUCUCUCAACAGGCGAGUGAGCGUGAACACAGACUAUUCGCCGGCCCUGCUUCAUAG